AUGUCUCUAGGUUCAUAUGAUCAUUUUAAAUUUGUACAACAAUGGCCACCGGCCGUCUGUGACACGUCUGGCUGCAACAGAUCGGGGUUAUCACGCUUCACGAUCCAUGGCCUUUGGCCAAAUAAUAAAACGUAUGUGAAAAAUCAACCGACUUGUCUUACCAAUCAGACCAACUCAUUUAAGGCUGCGAUACUCACUAAUUCGAAUUUGGUAAGCAAGCUGAGCACCUCUUGGCCCGAUGUGAAAAAUGCAAAUGAUAAUUUUUUUUGGAAGAAACAAUGGGACAAGCAUGGCACAUGUUCCUUGCAGACAUACGACCAAGCACAAUACUUCGAGCGGUCAUACAACAUGUGGAAAGAAACCAACCUGACAAACACCUUGGAUAGCCUUAUCAAACAGACACCGAGACAACAGAACGUCACAGAUAUAGAACAACUCAUUCAAGGAGUAACUGCAACUGAAAAGAAACCCCUCCUCCGUUGUGAACAAUCUCAUAGUAAUGCCAGUAAGUCUCUCUUGAAAGAGAUUGUCAUUUGCUAUGCACACAACGGGAUUACUGUGAUCGAUUGCGUCAGUCAACCAAAAUCCACCUUCGAAUGCUAUGACGGAUUUUGGUUUCCUUGA